UUUUCUUUUCUUUUUCUUCUUCUUACGCACACUUUCUUUAAAACAUCGUGAUGAAACGUCUUUUUCAGCCUGUGCUCUGGUUAUGCUUACUACUGUUACAGCAACACGUCAUUGCUUUGGAUAGCAGCAUUCAGCAGCACCAGCACCAGCAAGUUCUCACCAAUAGAGAAGGACCUGUUUGUAACAGAACUGUCUUAUCAUGCCAUUGGCAAGGCCAAGUAGAUUCUUGCUGUUCUCCGAAAUACGGGCUGGUCGUACUAGCGUUACAGUGGGUUCCUGGAUAUGGACCUGACGACGAGUUUACUAUUCACGGACUCUGGCCAGACACAUGCUCCGGUGCAAGAGCACCAUCGCGAGGAUGCGACAGAACGCGUUCGAGUAGCCAAGUCGGUACGAUACUGAAAAAGAUCAAUCCAGAUCUCCACCGACGUAUGCGUACAUAUUGGCCUAGCUACAAAGGAAAUGACAACUGGUUCUGGUCACAUGAAUGGACCAAACAUGGGACAUGUGUAAGCACGUUGCGACCGGCUUGCUACGGCGAUACGUAUCGCAAGUUCCAAGACUUGGAGGAAUAUUUCGAGCAAGUUUUGUAUCUGCGCGAAGAUUAUGAUAUCUACGGUGUUCUCAACGUGGCAGGCAUUUUCCCUGGAGCUUAUUAUAACGCGGAAUCGAUGCGGGAUGCGUUGGAGAAGUUCUUUGACGCCAAGGUCAUGCUCAACUGCAACCGUGGCCAAUUGAGCGAAAUCAUGCUUUAUUUCUAUGUGAGCGGACGAGAUCGUUAUCAAAUCACCGACGCACUGGCAAAGGGAUCAUGCCGAGGUCCCGUGUGGUACCCAAAGAAAUAGUGUAAUAAAAGACCGCUUCUCCUUUAUCAGUUAUAUAGCUGUGGAUGGAUCGGACACACCUAUCAGUUACGUUCUCUUUUCUUUCCUUCCUUGGUGCAACUCUAGUUGGCUAUUUACGAUAAGAUAAUAAAAAGAAUCCUUGUUGAUCCGCUUUACACUUUACAUACAUUAGCACUUUGUAAAAAAAAUGAUGGGG